AUGGCAAUGCUUGCAAAACAAGCUUGGAGGGUAGUGACUAAUCCCAUGAGUUUGGUUGCUCGAAUUUUCAAGGCUAAAUAUUUUCCGGAUACUUCUUUUUGGAUGACAACUCCUCAUGAUUCUCCUUCUUUCUCUUGGAGAAGCUUGUUCUCAACAAGGGAGUUUCUAAGGCAGAGUUCCUAUUGGCAAAUUGGCGAUGGUAAUACUGUUAACAUUUGGUCAGACUGUUGGUUGCCUGGUGUACAAGAUUUUAAGCCGAUGGAUAAUAGCAUUGCUACUAAUGAGGUUCAACAGGUUAACGAUUUAAUGAUUCAGGCAGGAUUGUGGAAUACUAGUUUGAUUCGAAGGCUUUUCCCAUUGGCAGAGGCUUAUGCUAUCUUGAGCCUCCCUUUAAGUACAAGACGUGUUGAUGACAGAGUUGUGUGGAGACUAGAGAAAAAUGGUCAGUUUUCUGUUAAAACAGCUUAUUGA